GCUCCGCUUUGAAACAUCCUUCCCUCCCUCAAGCUCCAUCCAUGGAGGUUUUCUCACUUCUAUGUUUACUCUUCUUACUUCUCCUUUCCCUGUUUAUCUACCGCCAUCGUUCCACUUCAAACCGUAAAACCCACGGCCACCAUAAAGGGUUCCAAACCUACCCCCUAAUCGGCACCUUGCUGGAAUUCUUGAGAAAUCGGAACCGGUUUCUCGACUGGACAACCCAAGUCCUGGGCGAUUGCCCCAACAACACCUCCCCCUUUCACCGUCCUGGGAAUAUUCACGACGUCAUGACGGCCAACCCAGCCAACGUGGAGCACAUCCUCAAGACCAACUUCGAGAACUACCCGAAGGGGGAACGGUUCAUCGUUCUCCUCCAGGAUUUUCUUGGCAAAGGAAUCUUCAAUUCCGACGGUGAGCUAUGGAAGUUACAGAGGAAGACAGCAAGCUAUGAAUUCAACACGAAGUCGCUCCGAAUCUUCAUCAUGGAAAGCGUCAGGGUCGAGCUUUAUACAAGGUUGAUUCCGAUCUUGACAGAAGCCGUAAAAUCCCACCGGAUUCUUGACUUACAAGACAUACUCGAGCGAUUUUCGUUCGAUAAUAUCUGCAAAUUAGCUUUCAAUUUCGACCCUGGUUGUCUCGGUGGUACCAGAAAAACUGGCACGGAGUUCAUGCGGGCGUUUGAGGAUGCCGCCAAACUCAGCGCCGGCCGAUUCCUGUAUGCUGUCCCUUUCCUCUGGAGGGUGAAGAAGGCUCUGAAUGUAGGGUCGGAAGCAACUCUGAUGAAAUCGAUUUCAAUUGUCCACGAAUUCGCAGACACUAUUAUAAGAAACAGAUUGGAAUCAGGAGCAGAUAAGAAUGAAGAUGACCUGUUAUCACGGUUCAUCGGAAAUGAUGAAACUUCAGCGGAGUUUCUUCGAGAUAUCAUCAUAAGUUUCAUUCUUGCCGGACGAGACUCGACAUCCUCUGCUUUGUCCUGGUUCUUUUGGUUACUCUGUUUCAAUCCCGAAGUAGAACAGAACAUACUUAAGGAGCUCAAGGAAAUCCGGAGUCGGAAUAGGAAAAGGAUCGGAGAUUCGUACAGUAUGGAGGAGCUCCGCGACAUGAACUAUCUCCAUGCAGCGAUUUCUGAAACAAUGAGACUAUACCCGCCAGUACCAGUCGACACAAAAGCAUGCCUGAAUGAUGAUGUUCUUCCUGAUGGAACUUUCGUCCGAAGAGGGUGGUUCGUGACUUAUCAUACCUAUGCAAUGGGGCGGAUGCCGAAGAUAUGGGGUGAAGAUUGCUAUGAAUUUCGUCCGGAAAGGUGGCUGGACGAGAAGGGAAUUGUGAAGCAAGAGAGCCCAUUUCGGUUUCCAGUGUUCCAUGCAGGGCCAAGAAUGUGUCUGGGGAAGGAUAUGGCGUAUAUUCAAAUGAAGUCUAUAGCCGCAGCCGUGAUGGAGAGGUUCUUGGUGGAGGUGCAGGAAAAGGAGAAGAGCGGGGGGCAUCUUUUGUCUCUAACUCUGAGGAUGAAAGGCGGAUUACCAGUGAAGGUAAGGGAGAGAAUAUUAUUGGACUAAGUCUGAUUUGAUAAUGGUAGAUUCUAGUCAUUAUAGUAAGAGAUUAAUGGUUUUUCGAUACAUAUUACACAAAAGGAAGUAGAGUUUAAUGUUUAAAUUAUCAAAACAACUUUAAUGAACAAACAAAAAGAAU